ACAUCCGGGGCGUAGAUGCACCACGGCCUGCUGAGGAGGGCCCACGUGGUGUUGGAGGUUCUAACCAGAGGUGUUUGCUUACCCAAGAUGCCUCGUGUGGAUUUCUGCCUUGCGUGCAGGGACCUGGUGUCGUCUGACCUGGGUGGGAAGCCCAACACAGUGGUCCAGGUGUCUGUGGUGGACCCUCGCAAGCAUCAGCUGGUCUUUAGCGCCUGCACAGAGAUGGUGGAGGCAAACAAAGACCCGUGCUUUCUAUCGGGGGUGACCUUCCCCUCCGACGGUCCCGCCGCCCCGGAGACAGUCGUCAAGUUAACUGUGUAUGAUGCCAGGGACAAGAGCCACGAAGCAAGCAGCUUCCUGGGCACCGCCGCCUUUUCCGUAAGCGAUCUGCUUCGAGCCAAAGAUGAACGACUGACCUUGCUUCUCAGGUCAUCGGAUGGUGGCUGCGGCGCCGGAACUGUGGUGGUGAGUCGUCUGAAGAUGGGGGAGAUGGAGGAGGCGGAGCACAUCACCACCGACGUACCGUCCCAGAAGUGUCCCUUGGUUUGUGAUCCCACAUCCCACGGCAGCACCGAGAGAGACCGCCUGCUGACAGGACCAGUCUUCACCAACCCGGUAUGCAAAGUCUACAGGUUCCAAACGGUGGACAACAAGUGGAUGCUGGUGCGCGAACAAAUGGAGGAGUGCACCUUGUCCUUCAGCAUCCCCAAGCAGCUGCUCCGGCUCUACAUGCAGGAGGACAUGAGCAGGGUUCAGGACCUGAAGGAGCUGGGAGAACUGUCUCCUCACUGGGACAACCUGCGCAAGGAGGUGAUCACACGAUACGCCGGCAUCAUCAGCUCCUACCAGGAGACCUUGGCUGAAAUGGAAAAGAUUACCGGACCGUCCUUCAAGCCAAGUUGCUGCAAAGCCCAGAAGUCUCUGGAGUUCGUCCCAAUAAACCUGCACACGCAGAGGAUGAGGGUGACGUGUCCCAGAAAGACAGACGCUUCUUACGACAUCGUCACGGUGGGCGCUCCCGCCGCACACUUCCAGGGCUUUAAGGGUGGCGGUCUGCAACGUCUCCUCAACAGGCAUGAAUCCGAGAAGAAAAGCUUCAGCACCGCCUACCAGUGUAUCUACUACUCCCCAGAGCACACGGCCAAAGCUCAGGAGGUCCUGAGCAGCGUCAGCCUCCUGCAGCCGCUCAUCACGAGCUUAGCGGACCAACUCCUCCAAGCUGCUCAUGAGCGAUCCUCGCCUGGACUCAGGGAGGCGCUCAAGAACCUCUCUGACAAGACCGAGCAAUUUGUCCACACCCUCAAGGACGAGCUGGUGAAGUCCGCUCUGCUGGCGCUGCACGCCGCCCAGCCGGGGUACGUGUCCAAGAACCAGAAGACCCCGCGUCACGAACAAAGCCCCGCCCGGACGCCCGCUGACAAGACGACGACGUGUAACAACGUGGAUGACUCCAUCCCGCACCACAAGGAGUUCGACGAGGAGGAAUGGGACAGAGUUUGGGCCAGCGUGGCCAAAUGUCUCAACUGUGUCAUCGCCGUGGUGGACAAGCUGGCCGAGGAAGACGACCACAACAACGAGCAGGAGCGCGUCGCCGAGCAACAACUCGCUGACGUCAUUACCUCACACAACCCCGGUGACUGGCGGGAGCAGCUGUGCCCCCUGGUGGCUCGGUUGAAGGAGUGCGUGACGGAGGUGGUGGACAAAGCCAAGAGGGCCGUGACUUUUGUUCUCCUGCAGGAGGCGGCCUGCAGCAUUCCACAGGGCUUCCUUCUGCAGCAGAGGAGGGACGUGGUCUUCAGUCAGGCUCUGGCAGUGUUGGCGUGUGGUUUCGUCAUGCGCCUGUAUGCAGGAAUGCAGGACAAAGGUUUUCUGAAGCAGCUGCACCUUGUUGGCCUGGUGGCCCAGUUUGAGAGUCUGCUCAGCACUUACAGCGAGGAAAUCGGGAUGCUGGAGGACAUGGAGGUGGGCAUCUCGGACCUCCAGAGGGUCGUCUUCAAGAUUACCGAGGCCAAGACGGGCGAGCUGGGCGACAUUCAGCCUGUCGUGCGAGGCAGACGGGACCACUUCACGGUGGAGGUCCCGCUGCCGGGCCCGGCCUUCCAGAACAUGCCGGAGGAAAUCAAGGAGGGCAAACUUCUGCGAGUGUUCCCGGUGCUUUUUAACGUGGGCAUCAACGAGCAGCAGACGUUAGCGGAGAGGUUUGGUGACAUUUCCCUUCAAGAGAGAAUAAACCAGAAGAACUUUGAGAUGCUAGAGUUUUAUUAUAAGUCGUUAAGUGAAAAGGUGCCACAUGAAUGUCUACCAUGUUUCCAAAGCCAGACGGAAAUAAAGGAAUUACUUGAAACCCUGGGCCAGAAUGUAGUCACGAAGCGGAGGAAGAAUGUGGAGAUUCUGUGGAUCGCUUCUGCGAUCUGCCGAAGGCUGAACGGCAUCAGGUUCACCAGCUGCAAAAGUGCCAAAGAUCGGACGUCCAUGUCGGUCACGUUGGAGCAGUGCGCCCUCCUGCGUGACGAACACCAGCUCAGCAAGGACUUCUUCAUGCGAGCGCUGGACUGCAUGCGGAGAGAAGGGUGUCGCAUGGAGAACGUGGAAAAGAACAUUGGUUGCAGGAAGUACGCCUUCAAUAUGUUGCAGCUGAUGGCCUUCCCCAAGUGCUACCGGCCGCCCGAGGGUUCUUACGGCAAAGUCGACACGUGAGGAAAAUAAGUCCCUCGCCGAGGAAGAGCUUAUUGUUUGUUGUGACUGUCGCCACGGUUACGCCGGCACAAGCAUGUCAGGGGGAGGCUGAAGGUACCGAGCAGACGUACACCUUGUUCAUAAGUGCAGCUAACACUUCAUUUCUUAAUACUGUAUAACAAAUAGGCAUAUUUAUUUUUAUACACACUGAAUACAAUGUUGCAUUCACUGUACAAGAAUGAUGCAAAUGUAU